GCUGUUUAAAGCGGCGUGGAGAAGUGGGGCCCGAGAGGAAGCCGCGAGGCAGCCCGGACGGCACCGUACGAUGCCAGCGAUCAACAUAGAGGAUCUGAGCGAGAAGGAUAAACUGAAAAUGGAAGUGGAGCAGCUCCGCAAAGAAGUGAAGCUGGAGAGGCAGCCGGUGUCCAAGUGCUCCGAGGAGAUCAAGAAUUACAUCGAGGAGAGGUCCGGUGAGGACCCGCUGGUGAAGGGGGUUCCCGAGGAGAAGAACCCCUUCAAGGAGAAAGGAGGCUGCAUCAUUGCAUGAGGAAAUAAACCCGUCCACAACUGGAGCAGACAGUGUUGUACCUUUAGAGAGUCCCUAGUGUGUCCUCAGUUCUGCUGGUGCGUGUUGAACAACUGCAGGAGCAGACUUUUUUCCUUUAAAAAAAAU